GUAUGAGAGAUGAAUUUUUAUUUCCUAACAAAUUUUGUACACAAACUAAAAAAGGGUUUAAAAUGAAAGUGCUCUGGCACAGGUAUAAGCAUGGAUAUAAAUGUGCAUUUUACACAUUUAGAUCCUGCUCUCUUGGAGGGGAAUUCUAUAUCGGUAUGUUUAACCUCACAGCCCCUGCGGAAGUGCAUUUGGUCACGUCCGAAUCUUAUUCAUCAGUAAAUAAGGAAAUUAUUUAUCAGCCAUUUAGCAUACGCAUUAUCGGGCCAUAACGUCGUUAAGCGGCAUAUUCAAGGCUUAUCAGUGCGGCGGAAGGAAUACAGAGGGUACAAGGUAACUUGAGUUUAAGUACUUUCAGGUUCAUCGAUUUGAAGCCUGACGUUUGGAAGCGGUUUGGCUCUAAGGAUCAAGAGUCAUGUCAGAACGCAACAAUCCCGAGAAGGAACAGAAACAAACUCGAUACAAGAAUACCAUACACUUGUGGGAGUUUUUAUUGGAACUUUUGGAAGACGAAAGAUACAUCCCGUUAAUUUCAUGGACAAAGAAGGAAGAUGGAGAGUUCAAGAUUAAGAGACAGGAAGAAGUAGCCAAACGAUGGGGUCGCCUAAAACAACGAGCAGGAAUGAAUUACGAUAAACUAAGCCGUGCGCUGAGGUAUUAUUACCAGAAAGGAAUUAUAAAGAAGGUACAAGGUCAAAGACUUGUGUAUAAAUUCCACAAACUUCCUUACGCGUACAAACCGGUGAAGUAUAACUGGCCUUGGCGACCACCCGUAGAGGACAACUCCAAACCAGAAAAACCUGAUAUCGUUUCCGUUCCGGUUUCGUUGACGACGCACUGGCCUCUGAUGUCCAUGUUUCACUCAAAUAGCCAACCACAGCGUCAGCUCAGCGCACCCGCGAACCACCAUUACAGUUGUCUUGAAUGUACUCCGCGAACCCAUGCGCCAACAGUUUGUAGAAGCCAGAUAAUGUUUCCACCAUGUAGUUGUAGGGGGUCAGCGGUUUACGGAUGCGGAUUGCGCAUGCUCCACGAACCAAGCUCUAUGCCUGUUCAAGUGAUAACGAGAUUUGUUUAGUAAUGCUUUAAGAUGGUCGCACAUGGCCGCUCUUUAUUUCAUUUGUACAAAUUUUGAUAAAAUGAUCAGAAAAAAUUGCUUUCGCCAUCGUGUGAACGUUUUCUACAAGAACUGAAGAUUCAAAGCGUAUCUGAGAACAAGAUAAUUUCUCGUGAGACCUUGCGACUCAGAGUCCACAUGCAUGUUAUUUUACCUUCAGAUAAAACGCUGCCCGAAACAAUAACGACCGACAAUAAAAUCACUCGAGAAAAAAAAGGUGAGAUAUUGUUUUAAGGUAAGAACGGUUAGAAACGUGAGUGUUUGAAUAUGUAGUUCAGCUAAAUGUAUUUCCUUUGUUAUGUAAUAAACAGCAACAUUAGGUAGCUUUAAUUUA